AUGGAGCAGAAGAUCAGCUCUUUCUUUAAUUCCAUCUUGGAGCUCAUCCGUACCAAGCAUGAAGAAGGUGUCUUCAACACCGUCUGCCUCGCUGUGCUGCUGGGUCUGCCCUUCGUUGUCAUCAUUGCGUUCAUUUUCAUCUGCUGCCACUGCUGCUUCUGUGGCCCCAGCAGCAAUGGGCAGCUGCACACUGAGAGGAACAAGAAGAAAAAGAAGAAGAAGAAGAAGGAUGAAGAAGACCUGUGGAUCUCGGCUCAGCCCAAGCUGCUCUUGCUGGACAAAAGACCCUCCUUGCCCAUCUAG